AUGUCCGAUAACUCACAACACGAAGGGGGGCGGAAACGCGUGUGCAAGGCAUGUGAUCGUUGUCGCCUGAAGAAGUCCAAGUGUGACGGCCACGACCCAUGUUUGCGUUGCCAAGCAGAUAAUGCUGUCUGUACAUUUGGACAGCGAAAAAAGGUCCAUGAGAAAUCCUAUCCCAAAGGAUAUGCAGAGAUGUUAGAACAGCAACAGGCUUGGCUUGUAAAUGGCCUCCAGGAACUCUAUCACCGGGCUGUUCAUGGACAGGGCUGGCCGGGAGAGCCUUUGGAUCUUGAGCCCAAUGGCUUUCCUCUUACCCACGAUAUGCUUGUGAGCCUCGGGGCUCUGGAGAGAUAA